AUGGGCCCUGCUGCUCCAGCCGGCACCCAGUGUGCGUCUGGGGGUAGAGCCCCCUGGUCGCCUAUGCUUGCCAUGGAACCCUCAAACGCAGAUGGUCGUGACCAUCCCGAUCCGCCGCGCUAUAAGACGCCUGUUAUUUCGUUGCAAUGGUGGUCACGAAGCGAAGUUUCCAUGUUUGUCGGAGGCAUUGCCGAAAGCACCUGGGGGCCGUGUGUUAGUCGAGAUCCCAAAGAGAGCUUGUUCGAGGUCGAUCGGUGGAGGCCAGUUUUCAAGGGAUUCGCCCGCGCUCAGCAUCGGACUUUGUCGACGAGAGCGGCAUAUGGCAGCAGCGGCCUGAACGAAGUGGGCUACGCCAAGCCAGUCCCGUUGAAGGAGCAAUGCUCUCGAAACAUGGAGACUACUAUGCCAGUGUUCCUGAUCACGCCCGCGCCAGGCAACAGCGCCAAAGAAAAACAAGCCGACCCCAGCUGCGGUGCGUUUCCAGUUGCUAGUCCGCUAGGGCAAAAUGUUUCUCGACCCGUGCUGGGCCUGAAUCCAACUUUGGUUCCCACGAUAUCGGCCAAAAAAGCGGCGAAGAAGUGGUGA